AUGAAAUCCUUUCCGUCGUUGAGAAGCGAUACGACUCUUGCAAGACAAUGGGUAUGCCUUCAAUGUCGGACGCGCCAGACGCAAAGGACUGCAAUCUCCUUUUCCAAGAACGCCUUCUUCUCGAAUGCUAAAGCUGGACGUCGCCCGCUUUCAAUAUGCGCGCAAUCCAGAAAAUCCGACAUCACACUGCGCCCAAAGACCCAAAGACGCUUCUCCACUACCUCGUCGCGUGAGACACCGCGAAAGGCAGUCCUGCCAGAUGCGCCGGCUCGCACACGAUUCGCCCCGUCGCCAACGGGCUACCUUCACAUUGGAGGAUUGAGGACGGCCUUGUUCAGCUAUCUUCUCGCCAAACGCACAGGCGGGCAGUUUAUCCUCCGCAUUGAGGAUACCGAUCAGCAGAAGCGGCUCGUUCACGAUGCAGAGGCCAGGCUUUACGAGGACCUUCGGUGGGCAGGAACUGAGUGGGACGAAGGCCCGAGUACUGGAGGCCCGUACGGCCCGUAUCGGCAAUCGGAACGGAAUGCCAUCUAUCAGGAUCAUGCUGCGCGGCUGCUGGCGGACGGCUCAGCGUAUCGUUGUUUUUGCACGCAACAAUCUAGUGCUGCCACAUCGGGAUCCUACGUCACCUCUGGAUGCCAUCAGAAUUGCUCCUCGCUUUCCAUUGCUCAGUCGCAGGAGAAAGCUCAUCAUGGUCAAGCAUUCACCGUUCGACUACAUCCUCCGGCCGAUGCGCACAAGCGCACAUAUCCCGAUCUAGUGUACGGCAAGAUUCAACGACUGAAGCGCUCGCCCGCAGCCCCUCAGGUGGCUUCGGAGGAUGGCGCGAGCGAUGGUGCAUCAGACAGCAUACUGAUGAAAUCAGACGGCACGCCAACCUAUCACUUCGCGAAUGUGAUCGAUGAUCAUCUCAUGAACAUCACCCACGUGAUUCGAGGCUCGGAAUGGAUGGCCAGCACACCUUUGCAUUACGACAUCUAUUCCGCCUUUCAAUGGGAACCGCCCCAGUUCGCGCACGUCGGCCUUCUUGUCGACAAAAACCAAGCGAAGUUAUCGAAGCGUAACCAAGAUCUCGACCUGGACGUCCGUAGCAUGCGAGAGGCCCACGGUGUUUUGCCAUAUUCCCUCAACAACUUCUUAGCCCUGCUCGGCUGGAGCAAUCCCAACCAAUCAGACCGCAUGAGCAUGGAGUCUUUAAUCAAGAACUUUGAUCUCAAAUUCACCCGUGGCAACGCAAUGGUGCGCACGGAGAAACUGUGGUACCUGCAAAAGCAACACGUUGCUGUCCGCUGCGAGCUGGCGGUGGAGACGAAAUCGCUGCGACCUAUCGAACCGGUGGUGCAUCAGGUCGCGGCUGAGGUGCGCCGAGUAUUCCCGCAGCCUCACGCCAGCCCCGACGCCUUGGCAGCGUACUGCACCGAAGUGCUCCUCGCAGACCGCAACAGCUACACCAACGCACCUCACUUCGUCGAGCGGAACAAGUACUUUUUCCACUUUGAUCCAUCUCUCCAGCCGGCACGGGAAGAGUACAGCAAAGACUCCAGCAGGUUUAAAGCCAUUACUCCCGACAUGCUGGACGACGUGCUGCGGAACGCUCUUGCGGACCUCCGCACUCGCCAGCAGACCGCAGGGGACGACACAGCUGUGCGCACCAUGGAAUCUCUCCACGCAACAGUCGACGAGAGCGAGGAGCUACUGCGCAGAUACAAGACUUUCUCCGCCGCACUGAUGCGGUAUUUGCGCUACAGGUUGUGCUAUAAACUGCCGGGGCCGAAGAUUGGGUUGGUGAUGGCUUUGCUCGGGCCGGAGGAGUGUGCUCGACGAUUGCAGCUGUAG